AGUGACUGAAAUGUGCUGCUCGGAGAGUCGUUUCUGAAGGGAGGAGUCAUCAAUGAGCCUGGCCAAGGCCCGGGAUCUGUGUGAAGUGGACUAAGGAUUUAGUAGGAUGUCAACUGAGACAGAACUUCAAGUAGCUGUGAAAACCAGCACCAAGAAAGACUCCAGAAAGAAAGGUCAGGAUCGCAGUGAAGCCACUUUGAUAAAGAGGUUUAAAGGUGAAGGUGUCCGGUACAAAGCCAAACUGAUCGGGAUUGAUGAGGUCUCUGCAGCACGGGGAGACAAGUUAUGUCAAGAUUCCAUGAUGAAACUCAAGGGCGUUGUUGCUGGCGCUCGUUCCAAAGGAGAGCACAAACAGAAAAUCUUUUUAACCAUCUCCUUUGGAGGAAUCAAAAUCUUUGAUGAGAAGACAGGGGCUCUUCAGCAUCAUCAUGCUGUUCACGAAAUUUCCUACAUUGCAAAGGACAUCACAGACCACCGGGCUUUUGGAUAUGUUUGUGGGAAAGAAGGGAAUCACAGAUUUGUGGCUAUCAAAACAGCUCAGGCGGCUGAACCUGUGAUUCUGGACUUGCGAGAUCUCUUUCAACUCAUUUAUGAAUUGAAGCAAAGAGAAGAAUUGGAAAAAAAGGCACAAAAGGAUAAGCAAUGUGAACAAGCGGUGUACCAGGUUCCCACCAGCCAAAAGAAGGAAGGUGUUUAUGAUGUGCCAAAAAGCCAACCAGUAAGUAAUGGCCAUUCGUUUGAAGAUUUUGAAGAACGCUUUGCUGCGGCCACCCCGGCUGUGACCCAAUUAGGACUUUUUGGGGACAUGUCAACCCCUCCUGAUAUAACCUCUCCCCCUACUCCUGCAACUCCAGGUGAUGCCUUUAUUCCAUCUUCAUCUCAGACACUUCCGGCGAGUGCAGACAUGUUUGGUUCUGUAUCUUUUGGCACUGCUGCUGUACCCUCAGGUUAUGUUGCAAUGGGUGCCGUCCUCCCAUCCUUCUGGGGCCAGCAGCCCCUUGUCCAACAGCAGAUUGCCAUGGGUGCUCAGCCAUCAGUUGCUCAGGUGAUGCCGGGGGCUCAGCCCAUAGCGUGGGGACAGCCGGGGCUCUUCCCUGCCACUCAGCAGCCCUGGCCAGCUGUUGCCGGGCAGUUUCCGCCAGCCGCCUUCAUGCCCACACAAACUGUUAUGCCUUUGCCAGCCGCCAUGUUCCAAGGUCCCCUCACCCCCCUUGCAACCGUCCCAACCACGAGUGACUCCACCAGGUCAAGUCCGCAGACCGACAAGCCCAGACAGAAAAUGGGCAAAGAAGUAUUUAAGGAUUUCCAGAUGGUCCAGCCUCCUCCUGUGCCCUCCCGUAAGCCCGACCAGCCCUCCCUCACCUGUACCUCUGAGGCCUUCUCCAGUUAUUUCAACAAAGUCGGCAUGGCACAGGAUACAGAUGACUGUGAUGACUUUGAUAUCUCCCAGUUGAAUUUGACCCCUGUGACGUCUACCACACCAUCAACCAAUUCACCUCCAACCCCAGCCCCCAGACAGAGUUCUCCAUCCAAAUCAUCUGCCUCCCACGCCAGUGAUCCCACCACAGAUGACAUCUUCGAAGAGGGAUUUGAAAGUCCCAGCAAAAGUGAAGAAAAAGAAGCUCCUGAUGGAUCACAGGCCUCAUCCAACAGUGAUCCAUUUGGUGAGCCCAGUGGGGAGCCCAGUGGUGAUACUAUAAGUCCACAGGCCGGUAGCUAGAUAGCACAGGUCUGGGAAUCGGAGCCUCUCUAUGCGCAGAUCAUCAGAUCUAAGAAAUAAGCAUCGACGCGGGCUCGUGGUGGGUGCUGCAAGGAUGGCAUGGAUAUCAGCAUCGCAACAGGCUCUUGUAUUCUUCCACCUCACCUCAUCCCACAAAGAAAAUCAUGACUGGCCAGUGGAACUCACCUCAUUCUGCAGAGGGAACUAUUCGUUUUUAUGGCAACUAGGCAACUAACUAAUGGCAGAUAUCUAUGGCAGCACAAAAAACAAAGCAAAAUCAAACCCCACAAAAGUAUAAUAGAUCCUACCCAACAAUAAAUCACAAAUCAAGUAAAUGCUUACCCGACAAAUUCUCUGAACUCUCUUAGCAUGGGUUUGAGAUGCCACAGUGUAUAAAAUCACAAUUCUCUUUUCACUUCUCUACCUGUUGACUACUACAGAGACAUUAAAUUUGGAGUGAUGAGCAUCAGAGAGUUACAACAGGGUUGGCUCUGACUUCUUUUAGGCAAAAGCAAGGGGUCCCAUGUGACCACAGCAGCAUCAACCAUAUGCCAUCUGACAUAUGCUGAUAUUUCCAUCACUCCAUGGGGCCUGGUUUGCUAUCCCCUCCCCUUUCCUUUCUUUGACAUGUUGAAAAAGUGGGAUAGGGGUGUACAAAGUUUUGUAUUGCUUUUGAUGGUUUUUUAGAUAUCAGUGAAGAAAUCUAACUGGGGGAAAAAAAUCCUCAUAUGAAAUGAAUUAACUUGAAAUCACAAGACAAAUUAGCAGUUGAUUCCUCAUUAUGAUCAAGAAUGUUGCCAAAACCACCCUUUAACUAUUCUGCAUCCUGAUGAAGAGAGACAGCUUUGGGUUUGAACUUUUUGAUUCUGUGACUAGGAAGGGACGUCGAAAUUCCAGCAAUGAUGAAGAUGAGAAAUGCAUCGGAUUUCCUAAACUCUAAACUCUUAAUACGAUAAAACGAUAUUUUUUAUUUUUCCG